GCAUUUUGAACGGGCGACCGGUUGGGGCCAGAAAGAGGAGGAAAAUGAGUCUGCCGGUCACCGUCGAGAUCCUGUCGGACGGCGAGGAAGACGAUGUUCUCACCUACAAUCCCGAUGUUCCGGCAGCCACGCGGCACGGAGACGAAGCUGUGCCUUUUCUCGUCAUUGACACCCCGCAGAAGGAUGUCACCACCCCCUUGGUUGUGCCGGAAACGCCAUUUUCUUGCCGGUCGGACGUCUCCAUCGUCAAAUGCACCGAAUCCCAAUCUUUCACUGCCUUACCUAAUGAUAAAGCCUCUGGAUGCUCCAAUGUGAUUUGUUUAGACUCUGAUAAUGAUUCUGCUGAGAUUUUUGUGAGUGACAAUUCAAAGGAGGAUCAAUGCUUGGACUCUUUUCCCAUGGUGGAGAGCGGUAUUAUGAAUGAGCUAGUCUUGCCGAACCAAGUAAUGGAUAUUGGUCUUGAACAUGAAAAAGAAGUAACAACUGACACAGAAUGCUUGAAUAGUAAGCUGCCAAGAAAAAAGCAGUCGAAGGAAGAGAGAAUGUCUCUAAAGGAGGAAAGGAAACUAAAACGAGAGCAAGAAAAGUUGCGAAAAGAAGCCUUGAAGGCUGAAGCUGCAAAGAUGAAGAAGCUGCAGAAGGAGAAGGAGAAAUGGGAGAAAGGGAAGCUGGCUAUAAAAUCCAUAGUAUUGAAGAUUGAUACUAAAGUUGUUGAGAUGGGCUUAAUUGGUGGAUCUUUGCUUAGUAAGCUUGCAGAGAAAGGGCUUGAAUUUCAUAUAACUUCAAAUCCAAUUGAGAGCUCGAUUUUGUGGACGAUGAAUGUCCCUGACCAAAUUGCACAGCUUUCUUCCAUGGGUGCCGAUGUUCCUUAUAUAUUAUUUGUUCAUGAGGCUGAAGCAUUCUGCAACAUGGUCACCAAUGAGGUUGUGAUUGAUCAUGUUCAAAGAGUACAGCAACUUUAUCCAGAGUACAUUAUUUGUUACUGUACAAAUAAACUGAUGUCAUACAUCAGCAAAAGAGAGCAAGUGCAAUACAAGAAUCCAUCAAAUGCUAAUUCUUGGAAGCGCCCUCCUGUUGAAGAGGUUUUGUCAAUGCUCACAACACAUUUUUCCCGAGUGCAUUCAAGACAAUGCCUAGAUGAAGCUGAAGUUGCUGAACACAUUGUUGGGUUGACAUGCAGCUUAGCAAACUGUCAAUUUCGGAAAAAGCUGACUCGACUUUCCAUAAAUGCUAAUGGAUCCCACAUUCCCAAAGGUUUUUUUGACAAGAACCUUAUUAAAAAAAAUGUGUGGUUGAGAGCACUGACUGCCAUUCCAAAAGUUCAACCAAGGUUCGCCGUUGCAAUAUGGAAGAAGUACCCUACAAUGAGGUGUCUUCUCAAUGUCUACAUGGAUCCUUGUAGAUCAGUACACGAGAAAGAGUUCUUGCUGAAAGACCUAAUGACAGAGGAUAUGCUGGGAAAUGAAGAUAGAAGGGUAGGUGAGGUGUGUUCAAAACGAGUCUACAGAAUUCUCAUGGCUCAAUCUGGGAGCAUCAAAACUGAUGAUGUCGAGGAUGGGGCCGACUUUUUUUGAAUGGUACAAGAACCCUGGCUGCAGGAUCAUUCAUCCAUAUUGAAGUUAAAAACUUAAAUGAACAUUGUUUUCUCUGAUAAGCAAGCUGGAGCUGAGCGGAUGAUCACCAGUUCAUGCCAAGAAGCGCAUCAUGCAUGUUGGAACUCUUGGCCUCCUGCAACUUGAAGGUUCCAAGUCCACCAAGGUGGCUGAAGCUUCUAUUCACAAUGGGGUUGCUCAUCCCGUGUAACUACAAGAUAUGUAUUUCAAUGGUGUGAAAUACAUUAAGCCAUACUUGUUGGUAUUAGCAGCAUAUGUAAAUAUUCCAAGCUCA